UAUGGGUUUAUUCCAAAUAUUACUAUAGUUAAAAUUUAAUGUAAAAGUGGGUUUAAGAAAAUAUAGGCGUUAAUUAUGGAUAAAAUGUAUUUCAGUGUACAACAUCAAGUUACAAUGUUCAAGUAUAUAUCUACAUGUAUUGUACUAUGUCUAUAUCAUGUAGGCCUACAAGGCGUGUUUAAUGCGGAUCUCGUCGCCGGACAAACUAAUAAUGUUUUAUCUGAAGCCCGAUUUAAUAUCACAAUGGAAUUUAAUCCAAACGAAAUGACCAUAUUGUGGUUUAGAGACACAACACUUCUUCGUGAUGCAAGAGUAGAUACAACAGGUUCUGGCUGUAAAAGUCCACUCAUUGUUGCUCCUGCACGAUUUAAUUUUUAUUGUCAGGACUAUGGCGGAAGAUAUAUUCUAGAAUUAAAUAGCUCGGAUGUCGAUCAGGGGAUAAUAUAUGGGACUGAUACACCAUCUUCCCCAUUUCAAUAUGAAGUUAUAGAUCAGGACCAUACAGCAGCCAUAACUGACCACGCUCCACCAGAAUUAAAAGAUAGUAUACCCAUAAACUGUACAGUGGCCUGUACCCCACAAGAAACCUCUAUUACAGUGCAUUUAAAACAGAAUAAUACUACAUACCCAUUGGACUCUUCCACAAUAGAACGCAAAGAUUGCAGUGCUAUUGGUUUCCAAACUAUUACAGUAACGUCAAACGUUACAUCACAAUUCGUACAAUCACACCAUAUAACCGGAUCAUUCACUAUAAUAUUUAGGAUAUCUUAUGGAGGGGUAUCUAUUACCAGAGAAACAUCUGCUAUAGAAAUAGUUUCAGGUUUACUGGAAAUAGAAACCACUACAAACCCCACAAGUACAGCAACAGCUGGUGUAACAGUUGAAAUUACAACAUAUCCCGAUCCAUUGAUAGACGGUGGUUCCGCAAAUGUAACGUGUACCACUUCUGAAAUUGCUAUAAUUACUAAGGAUGGUGUACAGGUAACUCUUUGUAAUGUAUCUACAGCAUACUGUAAUAUUACUCCUGAUUCAAAUACCUCCACUACCAAAUACAACUACAAUAGAUACUAUACAGUUAGUAAAACUAGUGACAGUGUAACUGUUCAUAUAGCUAAUGUAUCCAAAGACAGGGAUAAUGGAACAUGGAAAUGUGAAACAUUGGCGGGCGAGGACUAUAAAUUCAUAAAUGUGACCGCACAAGAAACGCUCACGGCGGGAGAAAUAACAGGAAUUGUUGUGGGCUGUAUUGCUGUCGUUGUGAUUAUCAUUGUAGUUAUUGUUGUCGUGUUCAAAAGACCAGUAGUGUGUUGCUUCACAGAAACACGAGCAAUGAGGGUCCAAAGGUAGGUCAAACACCUGAGUCACCAGAAAAGAAAACUACCGUUAUAGUAUGUAUUUUGGUAUGCAUAUAAUUACUUAUCUAAAUUGACUAAAUUACUUAAAAUAAAUUAAUAUUACUUAGCAUCUUAGUCAUUGAUUCAGUAGGUACCUAUCUUUUGAGUUAUUUAUAUCACAUUUUGUAUGAUAUGUUUAGAAUUAUCAUCUAUAUGUUCAAAUAUUUAUAGUUUAAUAAAUGUUAAGAUAAUACGUUGGCGAUAACUGCUGGGUAUAAUUAUAACAGAUGAAAUACGGACAAUUCAUGUUAAUUCGUUAAUAAACCCAGUUAGACGUCAAAUAAUUAAUACUUAUGUUUCUUAUAGGCGAGUUGUUGAUUUGUGUCGCCUAAUAAUAAGAUAUAUAUGUUUAUUUUAUGCUUAAUAUUAUGAUGUGAAAAAUUUUACUAGACUUAUUCACAUUGUAUGAUAAUAUUUUAAAUUCAUUUAUUGAUUAAUAUAUAUAUAUAUUGUAAUCAGAAAUAGCUUAUAAUUACACUUGCUCACAUAAUAUAUGCUAAUAUUAUAUAUUCAAUGUUCAUUAAUAGAUAAUUAGAAUUGAUGUUUUAAUUAUGAUUUCAAUAUUUUUAUAUUGAUAUUGCUAUGUUCAUUCUUUAAUAAACCCAUUCAGAGAUUUAAUCUAUAAGAACCAUAGAAAUAUACACACCCAGCAUAAGAAGUCCUAAUAUACGUCAGGGUAAUUCAUAACCAAACAACACACGCUCUCACUACAAACAGCUCGGCCAGACCGCUACCACAACCUUUCAAAUCAUCGUCUAAAUCUGAAUAAAAUAAGCCAUCUCGUCCUUUACCCAAAUUACAAUCAACAGAACGUCCUCUGCCGGAUAUUCCCCAGUUUCUAGGUCUGUUAAUUAUUACCAGUAAAAGUGCAAGGGUACGAUCAAAUAUAGUAAAUUUUCGACAUGUUCCAAUCCCUAAUAUAAUCUUAUCAUGGAUUAUGGCCCCUGAUUGUACGAAAAAUUGUGUUUUCAACAUGUGUUCAUUUUGUCCUUUAUAUGGCCAGCGUGAGAGCAAACUAUGUACCCGUCUUCAUUAGCCCAGUUUAGGAGCAGAACAGUAGGACAUUAAACCCCAUUUCAUUUCAUUUCGUAAAAAUAUGUAAUACCAAGGUUGUGGACCCUCUAGAGGUCGAUGUUGAUGAAACUUGAAAUGUAUUUUUAUAAUCCAACAAUGUCGGUGCCGAGAUGCCGGGUUGCAGACCUCAUUCAGACAUCAUGUGGGCUUCCUAAAAUAUAUAUAGUGAGACAUACCGUGAGUCGCCUCGGCUUACAGGUCUUGUGAGAAAAUGAUGUAAACCUAUCAAGAAGUAUGUGGCUCUUGCUACCUUUAGGACUUAAGGGAUAAUCAGACAUCAUGCAUGGUUCUUAGAAGUACGUACGAGGCCGAUAUAGUAAUAUAGCAGUUAGGUCAGCG